AUGUGCAGAGUUAUCUUACGUCCCCAAGCGCGCGAGCAGAGGGGGGUUGCCCCGUCUGCGGUCGCGGGCAACUUUGCUGACCUGCUGACGGGCUUUGACCCAGCCAGCCUGCUGGAGGCCAAGCAGGAGCCUCUGAGCCCAGAUUCAGAACUGCUGGAGACGGCAGAGGGGUUUGAGCUGCAGGAUACGGAUGCGGACCUCCUGGCCAUGUUCCAAGAGCUGGCAGAGGAGCCCGCCCCGGAGCUCGCACCCCUGGCCAUGCCAACCUCGCCCGCGGCUUCCCUCCCUGGUCCCAUGGUGCCCUUCGAGCCGGUGCAGACUCUCCCCGUCCCCGCCCGGCCCGCCAUGACCAUCUUCGAUCAACAACUGAUGUUCCAGCAGGCCAUGCUGCAGCAGCAGCAAGCAGCCAUGGCCACGGCUCAGAUUCCCGUCAAGCCUGGGUACCCCACCCUCCGCCGCGGCAAGACGCCCGAAGAGGUGGCUGCCCAGGUAGAGCGCACCAAGCAGCGCCGCAGGGAGUCUGCCCACCGCUCGCGCUCUCGCCGCAAGGACUACAUGAAGACCCUGGAGGAGGAGAACGACGCCCUGCGCGCUGAGAAUGCGGCCCUUCGCGCCAAGCUGAAGGUCCAGGGGGUGUCCCUGACCUCCUCUGUGAUGGACGCAGCCUCGAGGCAGACGUCUGGCGGAGCCGACUCGGGAUCCAGCUCCGAGGUGGCAGCCAUGCAGAUGUAG